CGGUCCGUGUCUGCGUGACGGAUAAGCUGAAAUGAAAUGGGUGUUCACAAACAAGUCGGAAUAGGUUCGUAAUGCCGCUGCCUUUUCAGGCCAUUUGAUAUGCGUAAUGCCGUAGCCUUUGCGUCUCAGAGGAACAUUAUAUUAUCGCCGGUGGAAAUGCGGGACGAAACGAUGAGCAUGAACUCACGUUCGCCGGAUCCGAUAACCACCCUGCAUUAUGAAGACAUCGUCGACGGAGAAUCCCUCUUUCUCUUACCCUCCGACGAUGACGAGGCGGAUGAGGAAGAGGAGGAGAAAAUCAGGGCAAUGGAAAUGGAGGCCGCCGAUGAGCCCCCGCCGCCGUUCUCGUGGAAAAAGCUAUGGGAGUUCAUGGGCCCAGGGUUUUUAAUGAGCGUAGCGUUUCUAGAUCCGGGGAAUUUGGAAGGCGACAUCCAAGCCGGAGCAAUCGCCGGGUACUCGCUCCUCUGGCUCCUCAUGUGGUCCACCGCCAUGGGGCUUCUCAUCCAGCUCCUCUCGCUCCGCCUCGGCGUCGCCACCGGGCGCCACUUGGCCGAGAUUUGCCGCGAGGAGUACCCUUACUGGGCCACGCUUUUGCUCUGGUUUAUGGCUGAGUUGGCUUUAAUUGGGGCCGAUAUUCAAGAAGUCAUUGGCAGCGCCAUUGCCAUCAAGAUUCUCAGUGAUGACUUCAUCCCUCUCUGGGUUGGUGUCCUCAUCACUGCUUUUGAUUGUUUUAUUUUCUUGUUUCUUGAAAACUAUGGAGUUAGGAAGCUAGAAGCAUUUUUCGCGGUUUUGAUCACAACAAUGGCAUUAUCCUUUGCGUGGGUGUUUGUAGAGACGAGGCCGAGUGGGGAGGAAAUCACGUUAGGCCUGUUAGUGCCAAGGCUUAGCUCACAGACAAUUCAACAGGCUGUUGGGGUUGUGGGGUGUGUGAUAACGCCUCACAAUGUGUUUCUAUAUUCUGCUUUAGUACAGUCGAGGCAAAUUGAUCCGAAAAAGAAAGGGAAAGUGCAAGAGGCUCUCAACUAUUACACCAUCGAGUCAUCUGUUGCUGUUCUCGUGUCGUUCUCGCUCAAUCUGGCUGUGACGACCAUCUUCGCCAAGGGAUUUUAUGGAACUUCUGAGGCGGAGAGUAUAGGGCUUGUGAAUGCAGGGCAGUAUCUGCAGGAUAGAUACGGUGGAGGGCUGUUCCCGGUUUUGUACAUAUGGGGCGUUGGCCUUCUGGCAGCCGGGCAGAGCAGCACCAUAACGGGUACUUACGCUGGACAGUUUAUAAUGGGAGGCUUUCUCAAUCUUAGAAUGAGGAAAUGGCUGAGAUCAUUGAUCACGAGAAGCUGUGCUAUCGUCCCAACCAUGAUAGUGGCUGUUGUUUUUAACAGGUCCCAGUCUUCUUUGGAUUCUCUAAACGAAUGGCUUAAUGUGGUUCAAGGUAUGCAGAUUCCAUUCGCGAUUAUACCUCUGCUAACCUUGGUGUCAAACGAGCGAAUCAUGGGAGUCUUCAAAAUCGGAACCACCAUAGAGAGGAUCGUGUGGUGCAUAGCAGCCAUGGUAAUCGUGAUAAACGGAUACGUUAUGCUCACCUUCUUUCUUUCUCAAGUUGAUGGGCUGCUGGUCGGUUUCGCGAUGUGUAUUGUAGCUGCAGGAUAUGUAGGCUUCAUCGUCUACCUCAUUUCUCGCCAUGGCACCCAUUCUUUGCCGUGGUCUAGCAACACCAAUGGAUUUUCGCACCUCGAGGGCUUGAAUGAAGUUGAGCAGAUGAGCCGUCAAUCUUUCCAAUCAACUAGAUAGAAUGGGAUUGGACUAAUUUAGCCUAGUCUCGAUCAGAUCACGUUCAGAUAGCUCUCUCAAAGUCGUUGCUGCAUACACAUCACGUUCAGAUAGCUCUUUCAAAGGCGUUGCUGCAUACACAUGAUAUAAACAGGUGUAUUUUGUGUUUGUUGAACAUAGAAGUAUAGUUGUUAUUCCUACUAUAAACAUUGUGUAGAUCAUAAGCAAGAUUGGAAUGCAAAUGCCUCUACUGAUAUUCAUAGAAAGUAAAUUUAUAAAAUAUUUACUCAUCUUUGAAUUAAAA